AAUUCCUAAUUUCACAUUUUUUUCCAAAUUAAACCCUAAUCCUAAAAUCAAAUACACAAAACCCUAACCCCUUUUAACCUAACCCUAACAACCGCCAAUGUUUCCCUUCUCUGACCAAACCCUAGCCGCCACAUUCAUUUCAAUUUUCCUAAUCUAACCUGCGCAAGGAAGAAACAAAAGAAAAGGAAAGAAAGAAGAAGGGGGCACGGGAGGAAGGUAGAGCUGAGAGGAUGAGGGGGAAUGGAAGGGGACGGCGCCGGCGGGGCUGGGAGCCACCGUCACCGUCGAGUCAUUUAGAAAGAGAGAGAGAGAGAGAGAGACCGCGACUGGAAGGAGAGAGAGAGAAGCUGCCUCGUGUCUUGCUGCCGCCGCCGCCGACGCCCUCAUCCCGAAUCGCCAUCAUCGCUAGUGUUGGAAAAGGAGUCGUCGCGCCACUGUAGCACCGCCGCCGCUGUUGGGUCGUCGUGCUGUCAUCUGAGAGUAGAGAGCGUGCGCGAGGAAGGAGAAUCCCUGCCCUCGCGUCCGUCGUUGUCUCCGCGGGUCCCCGUCGCCGCCGUCCUCCUCGCCAUGAAGCCAACGCCGCCAUCGUCAUCAUCACGAACUGCUGCUGCGUGUGACGUUGCCGCCGCCUCUGAGUCCGUCGCCGUCAAACAGAGCACACACAGAGGAGAAGCCGUUCAAGCCACUGCCAAGUCACCGUCGAUGAAGCUUCAGCCGCCGCCGUCGAUUGUCACUGAGGAACAACCGUCGUACCUCUGGUCGCCGGAAACCGCCGCUGGAGCCGCCACCUUCUUGGGAUUGUUUAUCGUGAGUUGCUUUGUCGUACGCCGCUGUCAGAGCUACCAUUUCACUACUGCCGCCUUUGCUCUGAGCCGUUGAUUGUAGCGAGUAUUAUCUUCAUUGCGGCUGCUCGGUUUAGUCGCUCCUCUCUAGUACGGAUCGAGAUCCGGUUGCUGCACGUUGGUGAAUUUAAGUUACUGCUGUGGGUGCGGAUACCGUGGAGCUGUAGUUGCGGCUGUUACCAAUGUCGGGCCGAGAGGAAAAGAGUUUUAGUGACGUGUUUGGUCUAUAGUUUCGACUUAUUGAGCUUCACACUACCAAGAAGAAAAAAAUCAGAAGAUAAUGAAGAAGGGAAUGACGUCAUCGAGCUGGUGGUGGUUCCGCCCGCCGCGAGCACCGCCAGGGUCACGACGCGUGAUGCCGAACGUCACCUUCACAGACUCGGUUAGACUUCUGUAGUCAGAUCGCUCCCAACGGUGGCCUCUACGCCGGAACCCUAACCGGGAAGGUAGCCGCGCUGGAAAAUAGCUACGGUCGGACGGUUGCAUGUGCGAAGGGGAGUGCGGAUGGUUCGGGUGGUCGUCGGAGAAACCUACGAAGGUGAGUUUUCCACCGGAAAAAUGCACGGAGCCGGAAUAUUUGUCAGAGCUGACGGAGCACAUACAAAGGCUCGUGGACGCACAAUUUGCAAGAAGAUGAGGUACAGAGAAAGUGAUUUAAUUAAACUUGACAUAUUGAUAAAUGGUGACAGUGUGGAGCCAUUGGCUAUGAUUGUCCACAGAGAUAAGGUGGCGACAUUUCGAGGAAAAAGAAGUUACUUAAGAAACAGGCUGAAGGAAAGAAAAGGAUGAAGUCCAUUGGUAAAGUUGAUGUGCCUCAAGAAGCUUUCAUGGCGGUUUUGAAAUUGGAAAAGGAGGUGAUAUGAUCACGUAUACAUGUAACGUAAGUUGCAGCAUUAUCUGAAAUUUGUAAAUAUAAAGUGAAAAUUCAAAACCUUGAUGUAUUACUGCUUUGGUAUAACGGUCCAAGUAUUGUCCUUCAAUGAUUUUAAGCUGCAUACAGUGCAAGAUUUUGUGAUUUUGACUCGGUUCCCUUAAGGGAGGAAAAAAAGAAAAAAGUUGAAACGUAGCAC